AUGAAUAGGGAGAAGUUGAUGAAGAUGGCUAACACUGUCCGCACUGGCGGAAAGGGUACAGUAAGAAGGAAGAAGAAGGCUGUGCACAAGACCAAUACAACUGAUGACAAGAAGCUUCAGAGCACCUUGAAGAGAAUUGGAGUUAACUCCAUUCCUGCUAUUGAAGAAGUUAACAUCUUUAAGGAUGAUGUUGUUAUUCAGUUCACCAACCCUAAGGUUCAAGCUUCAAUUGCUGCAAACACAUGGGUUGUUAGCGGUUCUCCUCAGACCAAAAAAUUGGAAGAUAUCCUUCCUCAGAUCCUCAGCCAACUCGGACCAGACAACAUGGACAAUCUGAGGAAGCUAGCAGAGCAGCUUAAGAAGCAACCUCCUGGCGAAGGUAAUGCCUCAGCAACCAUUCAAGAGGAGGAUGACGAUGAUGUCCCAGAACUUGUAGCUGGUGAAACAUUCGAAGCUGCUGCUGCUGAAGAGAAAGUUGCUGCUGCUGCCUCUUCCUAG